AUGGCCAAGGACAAGGCAGCCAAGAAGGCCCAAUCUUCAUCAAAACCUCCACUGGCCGCUGCAGCUCCACCUCCCAACUGGCCACCGUUCAAGCCAGCUUUACCAGUUGUACAACUUACCCCAGAGGCUCCUAUCCCUGGAUUAGAAAACAAAAUUAUAUUACUGCGAAAUUUUUGGCCAAAGAAUCUUUGUCGAGACUACGUCAAUUUCCUUAAGACAUUGCCUCUUACCACCACGCCCGGUCGUCCAAAACGUGGCGAGGCAGUGAGGGUCAAUGAUAGGUUCCAAGUUGAGGAUCCUCGCUUUUCCCGCCGACUCUGGCUUGAAACUGGGCUCCAAGAUGCCUUGCUGGAAGAGUCUGUUCGGUCUCUAUGGGGCGGUGAAGUAGUAGGCUUGAACCCCAACAUCAGGGUCUAUCGUUACUCCAAAGGUCAAUAUUUCGACUGCCAUUAUGACGACUCCAAUAUAGUCAACCUUCCUCACGUCAGCGAAUCAUCUAGUACCAUCAGUACUAGGACAACUUGGACGUUAUUGUUGUAUUUGACCUCAUCUACCGAAGGCUGUACUGGGGGAGAGACUGUAUUCUAUCAGCACGACCGCAAAUCUCCAAAAGAAGAAACUGCUGUCGCCCCUGAAACAGGUUUGCUCCUCCUCCACAAACAUGGAGACGAUUGCUUGUUGCACGAAGGUCGAGAAGUGACUAGCGGCGAAAAAUGGAUAAUUCGAAGCGAUCUCUGCGUGAAGAAAUGA